GAUUACAAAUUUUGAUCUAAAAACCAUUCCUUCCGAGAAAAUCGAAGUAGUAAGGUAGUAGUAGGUUACCACCUUCUCUCUCUCUCUCUUCUCUUCCCUCCGCCAGUUCACAAACGAAUACACAAACACAAUAAUAAAAACAGCUAGCCGUACAGCCGGUUCGCUUGGAGUUAUAAAAACUCAAAAUACUCAACUUUCUUUUCUCACAAGUUUUGAAUGGCCUCUCUUCUCUCACCAAACUCAACUCCAAGAUCUCUCUUCAUUUUCACUCUCUCUGUAUCUCCACCCUCCUCGUAACCAUGCCUUCCUUUUCUCAUUCUCUGAAUCUCCACCGCUCCCGAUUCCCAAAACCGCUUUCUCCUUGCAUUCGAUCCGACUCUUCUUCGUUUCCGCAUUAUCUCAAGCUAAAUGCACCGAUUUUUCGAAGUCGUGCGUGCCGUUUACAGCGUAGUCUUGUUCGAUUCAAGGCCUUCGAUGAUGAUUCAUUUGAUAUACCGUCGCUUCAUGAUUGGAAUGACAAUGAUGGGAUGUCUGGGUACAUGCUUUCAUCCAGUGAAGGCGAAGAUAGCGAUACAGAAAUCUUGCUAGGUCCAUUACAUGACGAUGAAAUGCCUAGUGUUACUGUAAAAACUGAUGAGGCCUUUGCAGCUACUGCUAACCGGUUCGCAAUUCUUGGGAGAAGACGCAGGAAACACAGGAUUAAAUUGGGGGUUUUAAUCAAUGCUGGACUUAUAAGCUUCUUGAUCGUGCUGCUUUUAUUUGUGGAUUGGUGUGCAUGGAGGAUUGUCAGGUUACCUUUAGAAGCAUUUUACUUGACCCGCCCGUUUCUUAUAUCAGCCGCUUUAGUGUCUUGUGCAGGCUAUGUUUGUGUCCCAUUACUGUAUAGGCUCAAGAUUCAUCAAAUAAUCAGAAAAGAAGGGCCCGCUAGGCACUCCUUAAAAAAGAGAACUCCCACAAUGGGUGGAUUGUUUUUUGUUCCUAUCGGUGUAACUGUUGCUAGAUUCGUUGCUGGUUUUUCUUCUACCGAAGUGUUUGGAGCAGCUGCAGUAACUCUAGCAUUUGCUGCAAUUGGGUUGCUAGAUGAUAUCUUAAGCCUUGUCAAGAAUGAUAAUAGUGGUUUAUCAGCAUGGGGAAAAAUUGCGCUGGAGGUAGCCGUUGGGACCUGGUUUUCAUUUUGGUUGGAUAGCACAAGUAUAUCGUCGCCCUACAGCAUGAAAAUGCUACUUCCUCUACCUGCACCAAUAGGACUUGUGUGCCUGGGAAGAUGGUAUCUAUUGUUGACUUCAUUUUGUUUUGUUUCCAUGGGGAAUGGGGUUAACCUAACAGAUGGUCUUGAUGGGCUGGCUGGAGGGGCUGCUGCAUUGGCUUUUAUAGGAAUGUCAAUCGCAGUGCUUCCAAUAUGUUCUGAGCUUGCUAUAUUUGGGGCAUCGAUGGCAGGAGCCUGUGUUGGUUUUCUUUUGCACAACCGGUACAGAGCAUCUGUAUUUAUGGGUGAUACCGGAUCCUUGGCACUGGGUGGAGCAUUGGCUGCAAUGGCUGCUUGUACUGGAAUGUUCUUUCCAUUAUUUAUUUCAUCUGGAAUAUUUGUUAUGGAAGCAUCAUCAGUUAUUAUACAGGUAUUAUACUUCAAGACAACCAGACUUUUGUGGGGAUUUGGGCGCCGCGUGUUCCAAAUGGCACCGCUUCAUCAUCACUUUGAAUUAUGUGGGAUUAAAGAACCGAUCAUUGUUGCAGGCGCAUAUGUUAUAUCAUCCAUGUUGGCUUUACUGGCUGCCUAUGUGGGUCUUAUUUCAGCAUAACAUCCAAAAAGGCCUAAUUGCCAUUUCAUUUGUUGUAGUUAGGGUCACCAGAAUCACAGUUCUUUAUUUAUUCUUUUUGAUUUAGAAGCUGUGUCCAAGUAGCCAUUUUUUAUUCUUUUCUUUGAAAAAUUCAAGCAAGAGGUCAAUGAGAUUUAACCGAAACCUCCUCUCUUUUUAAUAAAA